AUGGCUAUCUCCGUCAACUCAAACUCAGCUCUUCUCUUCAUUUCUCUUCUCUCUCUACACCUCUCCGCCACCUCUGGUCACGGCGGCGAAAGCCACGAUGAUGACGACGGCACCCACAAUUUGCAUGCCAAAGGCUUGGUCUUGGUCAAAGUUUAUUGUUUGAUCAUCUUGUUUGUCACCACUUUCGCCGGUGGCGUUUCCCCUUAUUUCUACCGAUGGAACGAAAGCUUUCUACUGUUAGGCACUCAAUUCUCCGGCGGAGUCUUUUUAGGGACUUCUCUCAUGCAUUUCUUGAGUGAUGCUAAUGAAACCUUCGGUGAUUUGACUUCAAAAACCUACCCUUUUGCUUUCAUGCUGGCAUCGGCAGGCUAUCUUCUCACCAUGUUUGGUGACUGCUUGAUAUUAUAUGUAACCGGAAAAGGAGGUCAUCAUGGUGGUAGAGGAGAAGAUAAUAAGGUGGGGGUAGAGGUGGAGGAGGGGAGGACGACUGGCGGCGAUAGGCGGCCGGAGCAUGGAAAGGAUAGUCACCCGAUUCUUGUGAGGACGUCCUCCUUAAGCGAUACAAUUCUACUCAUCCUAGCUUUGUGUUUCCAUUCUAUUUUCGAGGGUAUUGCUGUUGGUGUCUCAUCAACCAAAGCAGAUGCAUGGAGAAAUCUAUGGACAAUCUCUUUGCACAAGAUAUUUGCAGCGGUCGCGAUGGGGAUUGCACUCCUGAGAUUGAUACCGAAGAGGCCAUUCUUAUUAACCAUGAUCUACUCUUUCGCCUUCGGGAUCUCGAGCCCGAUUGGGGUUGGAAUCGGAAUUGCCAUUGAUGCCACAAUGGAAGGGAAAGUAGCAGAUUGGAUUUAUGCCAUUUCCAUGGGUCUUGCUUGUGGGGUUUUUGUGUAUGUAGCUAUCCACCAUCUCAUAGCCAAAGGCUUUAAGCCUCAACAAGAGUCUUACUUCGACACCCCAUUUUUCAAGUUUCUUGCUGUGCUUCUUGGGGUUGGAAUCAUCGCAGUUGUCAUGAUUUGGGAUUAAUUUGAGUGUCAAUUAAAAGGAUUUAAUACCAUCAUCAUGCAUGGUGGAUUAUGUAUUUUACUGAUGUAUGUAACUUUAUUGUACAUGGUCCUGCUGCAGUAGUUCUGAAGGGUGCUACCAUAAUCUUUAGUCGCGUUCCCCUAUAUUUAUCGAAAUUAAGUUAUUAACUAAA